CGGUGGCUGAAGAAGAAGAUUUUGUGUCUCCGGGAUGCUGAGCAGCAGGCGGGCGGGGCCGUUUUUCCUUGCAGUGCCCUGCCGUGGAGUGAUGUAGCAAGAGGACAGAGCAGGCACAGAGGCGAGCACAGCAGACUAUUUGGAGCCAUCCGUGCAGCCUGACGCACGGACAUCUUGUUUCUCUCACAUCAGGACACAGGAGUGCACAGAGAGGGGUUUAUUUUCUUCAUCUUGGACCCGGUGCCGGUUGUAUUGUAGUGGAGCUCCAUAAAGCCCACCAUGGCGUGGCCCUGUAUCAGCAGGGCGUGCUGCAUGGCCCGCUUCUGGAACCAGCUGGACAAGGCUGACAUUGCGGUGCCUUUGGUGUUCACCAAGUACACGGACGUCUCUGAGAUGCAGCACAUCCAGCUGCAGCCGCCUCUCCAUCCUCCCCAGGCCCGGGUCGCCAUAGAAACGCAGCCGUCUCGUGCAGAAUCCCGCACCACGACAGCGGCGACACGCGCGCCUCGGAGGUGCGUCUCCGAGGAGCGCGUGUGCAGCUCGGUGAUGCGCGAGGACUUUAAGCACUGGAAAGUGCGACCCGAACCGAGCUGUAAACCCAAGAACGAGUACCACGGACCCGAAACACCGUUCAACAGCGAGACCCAGUACCAGAAGGACUACAAGCCGUGGCCCAUCCCGAAAAGGUACGACCAUCCCUGGAUACCCAAACCGACUCCUGACGACCGGGCACCGGACAGGUCAAGGCACGCGAAACAGCUGCCAGAUGCGGACAGCGGCGUGGAGAAGAGCGCUAUCGCCGACAAGGUGCAGGAGAAAGACAUCCUCCAGGGCCAGGAGAGGAAAAAGAAGUCCAGCAAACAGGACGGGGUGAAGAAAGUUGUCGUGAAGGUGGAGGGAGAGGGCAAAGGGAGGGCGGCGGCGGAUGCUGUGAACAGGCAGAUCAAGGAGGAGAUCGCGGGAGGCAGCUCCUCGUACAAAACCGAGUACAAGGCUUACAGAGAUGUGAAGCCGGCAAAGAUGAUCCGGGCCAAGUCCCAGUACCUGCCACCAACUGAGAGGACCAGCCUAGAGACCAGCUACAGUGCCACCUAUAAGGGGCAAGCCCCGCUGCAGUCUGCGGACAACAAAGCCCUGGAGAGGAGGAGGAUACGCAGUCUGUACAGCGAGCCUUACAUGGAACCCAUCAAACAGGUUGACAGGUAUAGUGCCACUCGCUCUAAACCCAAAAGGUCUGGAGCCACGGCGGCAGGCCAGGGCAAGCCAGUGAGGAAAGCCAAAGAUAAGCAGAGCGCCGCACUGAGGGGCUCCAAGAAGAUGACCUCGGAGAACCAGCCCGAGAACCGGACGGCGGUGGGGGACAAGGAGAAAAGUAAAGAGAUGAACAACAAACUGGCUGAGGCAAAAGAGGUUGUGCUAAAACAGUACCACUACAUACAACUCUGCCAGCCAAUCCGAGAUAUUGGCUGGGUGCAGACUCUAAAGCAACACCUGUGGGGCUGUGCACUACCCAAUCCCAGAGAUGCUGAGGACGAGCCUCUCCGACCCAGUCAUCAUCAUUCCCAGGGUGCUACUGGAGGAGAGCCACUACUGGAGAGACCAGAACCUCGGAGGAGCGGCGGAGUCGUACGAUUUGCCCUAGACGGGAACCAGACUGAUUAGUUCUGCAGAGGCUGCAGAUGUACCUUAUACACACAGACUGCUGCUCUGUACUGUAAAUAUCUAGUAUUUGCAACUAAGUUGGAUUAGGAAAAGAGGCGAAUCCCACAAUCCCCGCUAUUCAGAGGAAGCCCACAUAUUUGAAACAUGCAUGUUUGAAGCAGCGUCUGGCUCUUAAGGUCACAGCUGUUUGACCCAUGGCAUUAUUGCAAAGGUGCUACAUCAUUUAUUUUCUGGUUUCAUGCAAUUUAUUUUCAAAUUCUAUGUCGAAAUUAUUAGAAAUACCAAACCAUAAAGUGCUUAUACAACAAUUACAACCAACUGUACUGUACAUUGAUCGGUUUUAG